AAACAGAAGGAAAAAUAUAUAUUGCACAUCCAAUGGAAUGGAUUAAUAAAUGCAGUAGCUAGCUAGCUGCUCGAAAGUAAUAAUUUCAACCACAAAACAUAUGUGAUUAUCAAAACGGGUAUCCUGGACGCUUGGUUUUUUAAGUCUCGCUAUAUAUUUGCAUCAGUCCAUAAAUGACGGUCCUAUCUGAGGAGACGGUGUUUCCAGGUCUGAAUAGCUAAACUAGUUAGCUGGCUACCCAAUGCUAGCUAGUUAGCGGAUACAUUUCUGCUAACUAACAUUAGAUGGCCAGCCUUGAUUUGGUAUCUGGUUAAUCCGAAAAUUGUAUUUGUGUCUCAUCAUUUUUAGCAGUGCCGGUGUGUUUACUUAUUUCGUUGCAGUUUGAACGUGUUUUAAAGGCACGACUUAACGUUAACGCUUUGACUCCUUCUCUUGUAGGCUAGCUAGUAGAAGGUCAACAUUGUUGAACCCUGCUAGCUACAGCUGACUACAGUGGGUGGGAUAGACACUUCUCAGCAAACCGUCAGCUGCAGUUAUGUGUAAUGAGAUAUAAACAGAGUGGGUGUUUCAGCUAUCCAGGUCCAGACAGUUGUUCAUUAGUUAGUCAUUAGCUAGCUAACUGAGAAAGUAGCUAUAACAUUACCUGCUGGCUGAAGUUACUCAAUUCUCUCCAACCAUGAUCAAGUUGAUGCGCCCGAAAAUACCUCAAUAACAACAGCCAAUACUUGGAAAUAUGGAUUUCACGUGGACUAAAGCCAUACUUCAAAAUCCCCCGAUUCUACUUUCAAAAUUACAUUUUCAGACUAUUGUCUUAGCUACUUUUUGAUUUUUGCUGACAGGACAACUUUCCCUGUUUUGUUUUGGAGAGUAUUGUUUUGACUUGGGAUCUCUGGUAUAUUUUUGCAUGGUAGUUAGUUUCUUUCUCAAUAACAGAGUGGACAAUGAAUGGCCUAUCUGUCAGUGAGCUAUGCUGCCUGUUCUGCUGCCCCCCCUUUCCGAGCCGUAUUGCUGCCAAGCUUGCCUUCCUGCCUCCUGAGCCUACAUAUUCCCUCCUCCCAGACCUAGAGGGGUCUGUAGCCCCGGGGACAGAAGGGACCGCAGGGCUGAGAUCCAGAGCUAGUGGGGUACCUGGAGCUGCUGUAGGGGGUUCAGUCAGCACUGGUCCUGCAGAAGGAAAAUGGAAGCUCCACCUGACAGAGCGAGCCGAGUUCCAGUAUUCCCAGAGAGAACUGGAUGCUACAGAUGUGUUCCUUACCCGCUCCAGUCGUGGAAACAGAGUGGGAUGCAUGUACAUCCGCUGUGCCCCCACUGCCAGGUUCACAGUGCUGUUCUCUCACGGCAAUGCGGUGGACCUUGGCCAGAUGAGCAGCUUCUAUAUCGGCCUGGGAACGCGUAUUAACUGCAAUAUCUUCUCCUACGACUACUCCGGCUACGGUGUCAGCACGGGCAAGCCUUCAGAGAAGAACCUCUACGCUGACAUUGACGCCGCCUGGCAGGCCCUGCGCACACGAUAUGGCAUCAGCCCAGAGAACAUAAUCCUGUACGGGCAGAGCAUUGGCACCGUGCCCACGGUCGACCUGGCAUCACGGUAUGAGUGUGCCGCUGUGGUGCUCCACUCCCCCCUCACCUCUGGCAUGCGGGUGGCCUUCCCAGACACCAAGAAGACCUACUGCUUUGAUGCUUUCCCCAACAUUGAGAAGGUGUCUAAGAUCACGUCGCCGGUGCUGAUUAUCCACGGGACGGAGGACGAGGUGAUCGACUUCUCCCACGGCCUGGCUCUGUUCGAGCGCUGUCCCAAGGCCGUGGAGCCACUCUGGGUGGAGGGGGCGGGACACAAUGACAUCGAACUGUACAGCCAGUACCUGGAGCGCCUGCGCCGCUUCAUUGGCCAGGAGCUGGCCGCACAGCACGCCUGAUACCCCCAUACCACCUGAGCCCCCAGUCCUCCUCUGGCUCCGUGCUGUUCCCCUGGUCGGAGUGGGUCAGUGAAAAUGGGUGGCUCUGUCUGGGAGGAGGGGUGAAGUCUGGCCUCUCAGAAUGAAUAAUCCUUCACCUUUUGGUCAACUUUGUCUGGAUGCUCACAGCCCUGUCUUUUUGUUGUUUUCCAUCUUUUCUGUCUCUGUCAUUAAUCCUGGUCAGGGAUUCUCUAGUCCACCUCUCGCCCCGGGGACAGUGCAAGAAUGCAACCCAGACAUGGAGGGCUCUCUACUGGUCUGUCUAAAGCGCCUCUCUCUUACCCCAGCCUAACACAACCUCAGAUAGGUCAGGUGUUCCAAACAUGUACUGUUUAACCUCUUCUGAGACAUUUACACAUGAUUCAACUUUAACUAACAACCCUAACAUGGACAAAUAAUUGAGUGAUGAAUAUUUGUCAUUUUAUCUUUUAACACAUGACACUGAGCCACUACUUUACAAAUCAUGUGGUAUUGACAGAUUAGUAUAACUGUCCUGUUUGAAAGCAGGUUUGUUGCGAAUGUUUUGUGUGGAAUCUUCUUAGCUCUCUCUCUCGUUUACAAUUAAGAUGUCAUUUAAUCAUUUGUUUCAUAGACAUAUAAAUCGGACAUUUUUAUAAUUAUUAAGCAUGGAUUCAUUUGAAUCCAGAAAGUGAUUAGAGCAAAAAGUUGCAGAAUUAUUGCUUUGGCUGAAGUUCAAAAUCUCAGCCAAAUUAAUUGUUUCAAAAGCAUUCUUAAGUCGCUUGGAUAUCUCUAAGGCAAGAUUAAUUUCUAGCUCGGCAACCGCUCUUAUGUUUCUAGCUCGGCAACCACUCUUAUGUUUCUAGCACUGAACUAAAUUCACCUCUUACUGGGUUUCUGUCUGAAAUGGUGGUUCCACAUCCAGCUUCAGAUGUUUUCAAAGGCUUUUUUGUAAGUGAUUUACAGAGUUGUACAAAGAAUUUCACUUUAGGUAUUUCUAAAUCAGUGAGUUUAUUUCAUACCUCCAAAAACACUAAAUCAUUGUGAAUCACUAAGAUUUUGCCAGUAAUGGCCAUUCACAUAGUAAAUUGGGUCGGGUCAGAUGAGACUAAGCUGAAUGGAGUAUUAACUGAACUUGCUGCUAAAGAUUAGGAUAAAAUGGAUUGAAAAGGGUCAAACUCUCCACAUCCAUUAAUGCAGCUUAGUUUGAUGGGAAAUUGAACAGUCAUACAUGUUUCAAUAAUAUUUUUUACGCUGUACAGUAGAGUGGCGCCAAUGAUGUACAGUACACGCUGCUGGUCCCAUAUGACAUUUGAAAACACUUAUUCAGCCAUGUCAUGUUACAUGUGUGAUUAGUUUCUUGUUUACUUCAUUUUAGGGUAAAUAACACUUCAUUAUAACAUUAGUAGAGCUAUGGAAUAGGAUGUGCUCUAUUUUGUUAUUGACCAGGUUUAUUUCCAGCAGGCUCCCUUUUCAACUCCAACUAGCCCUUUUCACUCACUUCGUCCUGUUGCCACACUAUUUCAGACAGACUUGGGAUUCCACCAUUUCUGUCCGUCUGUGUGUGAAAGUUGACUUGAACGAAUGCCCAACUUCUCUGGCAUAUGGGGUCUACCACCACAAGAUAGUGGAGAUCCUUGAGUUGGGUUUUGGGGGAGUCAGGAUAACAUGUACAUAGCAACCAAAGUUUAACAGGAAAUGUUCUGUCUUGAACAAAGCGUGCCUGCUUUUCUAAUGGUAUGUUCAUCAGAACCAAAGAAAAAGUCCAUCACAUCACCCAUAGUACAUGGGUUUCUUAUCAGUCACUGCAUACAGUUAGGGAACAAAAGUGAGUUUACACCCUAUGAUGGACUAUUGUAUCGAGAAUACAAGCAAUACAACUGAUUUCUGUGUCUGGGUGGCCUGAGAGAGGAGCAUGUGUCUGUGGGAGGUAGGGUUGCAAAAUUCUGGGAACAUUCAAGAAAUUCACUUAUUUUCCCGAAAUCCCAGUUGGAGGGUUCCCGGACACAGGAGGGAAUAAGCAGGACUCGAGUCAUCCAACCAGGACUUAUGGAAAACAGGGGAAUUUAAAUCAAAUCAAAUUUUAUUUGUCACAUACACAUGGUUAGCAGAUGUUAAUGCAAGUGUAGCGAAAUGCUUGUGCUUCUAGUUCCGACAAUGCA